GCAAAUGGUCCUUUGGUGCUUCUCAACCUCUGAUGGACUUGGUUCUGCUGUUUUUGUGUCUUGAGACUCUAACCAGAGUUGGAGGGCCUACGUGGAGUUCAGCCUGCUUCACCUGUUCAAUGGUCCUUCAUCUCUGUCUACUACCUAGAUACCUGUACAUGGAUUUGUGGUGCUGUGAUGCUGUGUGCGUGAUGCUGUGUGCUUUAAGUAUAUAUGUGAUGCUGUACAUUAUUAUAUUGUGAUUAGGGCCUGAUGCUUCUUGUCUACUCUUGCUGGAAGCUGUUGGAAAAUGAACUCGGCCUGGUUUUGCAUGUGGAAUGGAAUGGUCCUUGCCUAGUCAGUGCAACUUGUGUUGCCGGUGUACACCUGUUUCAAAUUGUGUUUGAUGUAAUGGAGAUGUUUGUCUCGUGUUAAGACAACCUCCUAAUCUUGGUCUUGGCUGGAUUACACUUCUAUGGGGAAGAAGACUAGAAGCAAGGAACCUACGCCUCCAACUCCUCCGAAGAAGAAGCUUCCGGAGUUGAAGGUGGAUGAUGAGGCCACUUUGAAUACGGAUGAGAGCUCGGAUACUAUGUCUAGCGAUGAUAACCAGUCUGUGAAUGAAAUUAUUGAAGAUGAGAAUGUUGAUGUUGAAGAUGGGAAUGGCACUUCCUCAGGUUCUGAUACGGCCUCCGUGGAUGAAGAGGCAGUUGAGAAAGAAUUAGGAAAAAAUAAGAACACCCCCAAGGUGUUUGAGAAAAAGCCUGAGCCAGUCCAGAAGAAAACCUUUGUUGAACUUCUGAAAAACAAUAGGAAAUCCACCCAAGGGAUGCAAUUAUUCAAGGUUGAGCUUAACAGCACAAGAGAGGUGUUUAUCCCUGAUGAAGCAAUCCUUCCAAUUGAACAGUUGUGGGGCUACUGCCUUGUGGGAUGUUUCUCUGGAAAAUUCCCAGGUCUUAAGGCCAUCCAAAAAAUGGUGGAUCAAUGGAGUAUUCCCUGUGAGAUUUUGCCACAUAGAAAAGGAUGGAUUGUCCUCAAAUUCUGGAGGGAAGAGCAUAGACAAACAGUUCUUACUAUGAAAGCUGAAGAACUCUCCAUUGGUAACAAGAAAUUGCUACUGAAAAUUCCUGAGAAAGAUUUCAUGUGGAACUGCAAGUCCUUUGCAACAAUGCCUGUCUGGGUUAAACUCUUAGAUGUCCCUAUGGGUUUUUGGUCUCCACUGGGGCUCUCACAUAUUGCCUCUUUUCUUGGGACACCUCUAUACUCUGAUGGAGUUACCCACACUGCUGCAUCUGUGUAUGACACCUCAAUGGAACCUAAUCCUGAUGGGGACUACAGGAGGGUUAACUUCUGCAGGGUUAUGAUAGACAUGGAUCUUACGGUUAAGCCUCCUGUGAGUGUCAAGGUUACUUACAAUGGUGGGGAAUACAUUCAAAAAAUUGAGUAUGAGGAUAUGCCCUGCUACUGCUACCAUUGUGAGGCUUUUGGACACAGCCCUUUUGAUUGUAAAGCCCUACAUGAACUCCAUAAAAGGAAAUUCAUGGAGAAACAGAGAUUGGAGGAGAUUGCAACCCUUGAAGCUUUGAAACUGGCCAAGCAAGCUGAAACCAGAUCUAAAGAUAACAAAAAAACCCCUCACACAAGCAAAACUCCCCUUUCUAAGGAAGCUUUCAAGGAGCCUGCCCCUUCUGCUAAGGAUGAGGUGGCAACUCAUGAGGACAAUGGAAAGAAACAUUUGGAGGAAGAAGUUCCUGUGGAAAUAGUUAAUGUUGAUGAUCCUACACCGUCCUUUGCUGUUAAAGAUCCUAAUGAUGGGGACACUCUGAUGGGAACAGGGUCUGGUAUCCUUACCUCUGUUCCUAUCAAAGAAUCCCUUCUCAAGGAACCACCAGACAAAGAGGGUAAGGACAAGGCCACUGCUCAGAUUAGAAGCAGUGGAAGAACUGGAGGAAACCAAUACCAUGGCAACAACAGAGGGGGGGGGGCAACAGAAGCAGAGGGAAGGGCCCUGGCUCCAACCGUAGAUGAAGGGUUGAAGUUCACUUCGAACAAAGGGAAGAAAUGGGCCAAAUUGGACAGAAUUCUAAUUAAUCAUGAGUGGGAAACAAUUGGUUGGGAAUGCUGUGCUGAGUUCUGUGAUAUGGUGGUGGAAUCUGAUCACUGUCCUGUUCUGUUGGAUCUUUUCCAGAAGGUCAUAAAGGGGAACAAACCUUUCAAGUUUUUCAAUAUGUGGUUAAGUCAUCAUUCUUUUGACAAUAUUCUUGGUAACAUUUGGAACAAUAGAGUUGAAGGAACCAGGCAGUACAGACUUUGCAAAAAGCUCAAGUUGCUUAAACAACCCUUGAGACAUCUUAACAACCUGGAAUUUGGUCACAUUUCACAAAGAGCUUCAGAAGCUAGAAAGGAUUAUAGCCAUGUCAUGAAGCAACUACUUCAAACUCUUAAUGAUGAUAUUCUCCUGGCUAGGAGUGAGAUGCUUAGGAAGAAAGGAGGCAUGACUACUUCUGUGGAGGAGAUUUCAGAACAGUUCAUUGGGUACUACAAUAACCUGUUUGGCACCACAACACAGGUUAUACCAAUCAGGGGGGAGGUAUUCCAAGAAGGGACUAGGGUUUCUCCAGAGCAGGGACAAUGGUUGACCAGGAGGGUCUCUAUGGCUGAGGUCAAAGAAGCCCUUUUUAGUAUUGGGAAUGAUAAAGCACCUGGUCGUGAUGGUUUUACUGCUGCCUUCUUCAAAAGUAAAUGGAACAUUGUGGGCCAAAGUCUUUGUGAAGCUGUGGAGGAGUUUUUCAGAAGUGGGAAGCUACUCAAGCAGAUCAAUCAUGCAACUGUUUCUUUGAUACCUAAGGGAGCCUUUGUGGAAGGGAGGAACAUGAUGGAUAAUGUUUUGCUUGCUCAGCAGUUGGUUAGAAGGUAUGCCAGGAAAAGAACUGCUCCUAAGUAUGACUUGAUGCUGUUUUCCAGAGGAGAUAUUGAAUCUGUUACUGUCCUGGCUGAUGCCCUUAAUCACUUCUCUCAAGCCUUUGGAGUGAGAGUUAAUCCACAGAAAUCUAGCAUUUUCCUUGCUGGAGAGAUUAAGGAUAAUAGACAGGACAUCCUUAACUUGGUCCAAUUUCCUCUGGGAAGUCUCCCUGUUAGAUACCUUGGUUUGCCACUAACUUCCCAAAGAGCCUCUGAAAGGGAAUUUGCACCUCUUAUUGCUAAGAUCCAGGACAAUAUUUGUAAGUGGAACACUAAAACUUUGUCACAGGUUGGGAGAGUGGAACUGAUCAGAAGUGUAAUUCAAGGGAUCUAUAAGUUUUCUAAGGUUGCCUGGAGUGAUAUUUGCAAACCAAUACAAGAAGGAGGGCUGGGGUUGAGGAACCCUUACACUUGGAAUCAAGCUUUUCUUAUAAAAAAUCUUUGGAAUAUUGCCUGUGCUAAGGAUACACUGUGGGUUAAAUGGGUUCAUGCAGUCUACCUUCAAAACAGGAAGGUGUGGACAUGGACACCCAAGAAGGGGGAUGCACACCUUUUCAGAAAAAUGUCCAUUGCUAGGGAUCUGUUUGUGGAUAAGCUUGGGGGUCCUGAUGGGUUUCAUGAGAGAUUGCAGAGCAUGAAAAGGCUCCCUACUAAGCUGAACCUCUCCCAUGUGGAAAUGGAAAGCAGGGAAUGUAGCCUCUGUCACUUGGAUGAUGAAGACACAAAACAUCUCUUCUUUGAAUGCCAUGUCUCUGCACAGAUUUGGAAUGGAGUGAAGGAGUGGCUCAACCUGGAUGUUGCUCUCUCAACUUUAAACAGAGCUAUCAAAUGGCUUAGGAAGUAUCACCAUGCUCAUUCAAACAUCAAGAAAAUGUGCAGAUUGGCAACCUUUAGCACUGUUUAUCAUAUCUGGAGACUUAGGAAUGGGGCAUACUUUGACCAGACUGCAGUUGAUGUCCAUUCUGCUAUCCAGAAGAUCAAGUUGAGUGUUUAUAAGGUGAUGUACAGGCUGUUUCCUAAUGCCCCUUUAAGGCUGGGAAUGGAAUGGCUUGAAACCCUUGGCUCCUGGUGUUGGGUAUCUGUUUCUGUUUGGGUUUGCGCAACAUUGUUUGAUUUGCCUAUUGGCUGGAUCUCUAGUUUUCUGGAAACACCUUAACCUCUGAACGCCCCCUUUGGAGGGGUAGAGCUUGGUCUGCCUCUCCUGUUCUGAUCUUUGCCCUACUAUUCCCUGAGCAUUGUUGAACCCCCUUGUGUGUGCCUUGGACUGUUGUAGAACUUAACACCUACGCUCUCAGACGUGCUAUUUUCAAUACUCUGAAGAUGAACCUCCGUGAUGAUUGUGAUUGAACUGAGCUUCUGCUUAUUGCUUUGGCUGAUAGGCUCUUAGUGCUUCUGCUCCUGGAUUUGGAAUUUGGUGUGUCUUCAUGCUUAACAAUUUCUUGGCUGUACAUGCUUGCCUUCCCUGCCUUGUACAAGUGAUGACAUCCUCUGUAAGAAAUCUGAUGAUGGCUG